GCCUGCGUCCGUAUUUACUCCUGCGCGCGCUCUAGCAUCCGCCGCACACGGCACUCGGUGGCAGCGCCCGGCGUCCGCGGACUGCUGCGCUUGUGCGGACUUCCGCACUUCGCGUUGCUUUGUAGAACCGUGCGCCGUUUUGACACCGCACUUUGUGGAGAAUGCGGAAAUCAGCGCAACAGUGUCGGUUGGCUGCUUUCUGCAAAUGAUGGACUACGCUGAAGGUGAAAGAUGCCUUACGUAUUGGCAGCCAACAACACAAAUCAUCACCGAAUUUCCGAGAGGGGAACUGCUAACAAAUCUACCGAGAACCAAGUACAGUAGCUUUCAGGUUACUUCACGUGCAGGAAUGCUGACUGCAGGUGGGAAUGAAAAGUGGAAUCUGUAGACAAAGAAAUUCUGAGGAACUGCUCGCACUCUAAGUAGCUAAACUGAACAAUGGAAAGAGUAAUAAAGGAUUGUUACUUAAUUAUGUACUUCUGGAAGUUUAAAAGUACCACUGAGAAUAGUCAUCUGACGUUCGCGCACAAUAUUCUGUGGCAAGUGGAGGAUGAUCGUGGAGUAUAAAUGGUGAAUUAUUAGGAGAAGAGGGGGGAAAAUUUUGGUGGAGCAGGUGGUGCCGGUGUUUCCGAAGAGAGCUGUGCGACGGGAGUGAGCAAGAAGGCGCCAGCAUGAACGACAGCUCGUGCUCGCAGUCCAAUGCCAGCAGCACGGACGGACAGCUGCUCUUCGAGUUCGUGGCGUACGGCGUGCUGCUGAACCUGAUCGGUAUCUUCGGGAUCGUAGGCAACAUCAUUUCGAUGAUCAUACUAUCGCGGCCACAGAUGCGCUCGUCCAUCAACUACUUGCUGAUCGGGCUGGCGCGCUGCGACACCGUGCUGAUCGUGACAUCGGUGCUGCUGUUCGGGCUGCCGGCCAUCUACGGGUACACGGGGAUGCUGAUGGCGUACUUCUACUACGUGUACCCGCUCGUGGCGCCCAUCGUGUUCCCCGUGGCGCUGAUCGCGCAGACGGUGUCGGUCUACCUGACGCUGACGGUGACGCUGGAGCGCUUCGUGGCGGUGUGCCACCCGCUGCAGGCGCGCUCGCUCUGCACGUACGGCCGCGCGCGCCUCUACGUUCUGCUCAUCCUGGCACUCGCCACCGUCUACAACCUGCCGCGCUUCUGGGAGGUCACGCACGUCGAGGACUUCAGCCCCAUCACCAACUCCACCAUCUACACUGUGGCGCCCACCUCCCUGCGCGACAACCGCAUCUACAUCUCAGUCUACAUACACUGGCUCUACUUCAUCUUCCUCUACAUCCUGCCGUUCGCCUGCUUGGCCGUGCUGAACACCGCAAUAUACCGUCAGGUGAGGAAGGCUAACCAAGAACGGCAACGCCUGUCCCGGCUGCAGAAGAAGGAGAUUGGGCUCGCGACGAUGCUCCUGUGUGUCGUCAUCGUCUUCUUCCUCUGCAACAUCCUCGCUCUGGUAAACAACAUUCUGGAGGCAUUCUACUGUAUAAACAUCGACCAGCUGGUCAAAACGAGCAACCUGCUCAUCACCAUCAACUCGUCGGUGAACUUCGUGAUCUACGUAAUAUUCGGGGAGAAGUUCAAGCGUCUGUUCCUGAAGAUGUUCUGCUCGCACGGCCGGUGGCUGGGCCACGGGGGCCGCGACUCGCCGGACGGCACGCACGACGACAGCCUCGUGUCGAAUGGCGACGGCCGCCACUACUCGAUCCGGCUGCAGCGCAGCGUCACCAGACACGCUAGCCGGCGCCAGGGGCCACGCGCCCCCUCGCCUGGGCCCUGCGUCUAUUAUCCCAAGCGCACCCACGAGUGGGACGCCACCACCUCCACCACCGUCAACAAGCUGUGAGGUGGGCAUCGUCGGUCAGAGUCACGUGCCCGUGUGGUCUACCCGAAUGCCACCACGACAGGAAUGCCACCUCCCCCACCAUCAUCAAAAAGUUGUGAGGAGGACAGCGUUAACCAUAGUCUACUACUCAAAGCACAGCCUCGAGUGUUGCAAAACCACCUUCAUCCCUGUCAAUAAUCAGCGAGGGGGGCAGCGUCAGUCACAACCUUAUCCCAGUAGUAAAUACACUAAGUACAACCAUCAAAGUGAUGCCAGUACGUCCUCCACCAUCAACAAGCGGUGUGUUGGUCAUCAUUGGUCACGAUCAUCUCCCGUGAGGACUACCCCAUGUGCAGCCACGACGGCCACCAACGUCAACAAGUUGGGAUGAGGGCAGCAUCGACCAUAGUCUACUACCCAGAGCACAGCUCUGAGUGUAAUGCCACCACCCCAACACAGUGAAUAGUCUCUGAGUAAGGUAUCAACAGUCACAACCCUCACACCAAGUCAAAAAUCCUACCUGCAGCGACAAGAGUGAUACCAGUACGUCCACCGUCGUCAAAAUGUUGCAAGGUGAGCAUCAUCAGUCACAAUCGUGUCCUUGUGUCGGCUACCGUAAGUGUAGCCCAGACAGGAAUGUCACCUCACCUCCACUGUCAAAAACUGUGAGGAUGGCAGCACCAGCCAUAGCGCAUUGGUUGAAGUACAGCCUCAGUUGUGACGCCACCACGACCUCCACCACCGUCAAUAAUUUGUGAACUGGGCAGAACCAGUCACGACCCUGACCCCAUGUCAAAAACCCAAAGUGCAGCCAUGAGAGUGACGCUAGAACCUCCACUACAAUCAUCAUGGACGCGACCAUCCGCAAGACCGUUAACAAGCUGUGAAAAGGGUACCAAAUCUCGACACUCACUGUGGUGUCGAUUUUAAAGCGGUACCUUAUCACCACUAGACACAUGCAUGGUACCAAUAUUUAGUUAUCAUUUAUCACAAUGUUACUUAUAUUGACUGAGAUACUAUAAAAUCAUUUCCAUUGUGAUGCCCCCUCACAACUUAUUUGAAAUCAUUCCCAAAUUGUUUCUGAAACAAUGUUCAACUCCACUGGAUCCUCACUA